CUAGCUAUUUUGUAGUGUUUGCCUUUUCAGCAGCCACAAAGGUUAUCAACAAUCUAAUGUAAUUUUAACACAAUUUUGAACGAGUCAAUAACCUUUUAAAUUGAAACCCGAAGCGCCUAAAACUAGCGUGGAAUGAGAACAAUCGGGCUUCAGACGUCACUGGAAAAAGCUUAAUAAACCAAGUAGGCUGGUUUUGAAACUGCACUUCUCCAAUGAUGGACGCCGAAGUAGACAAACUUAUUGAGGAGGAGCUGAGCAAAUUGGAUAUCUCCGAGAAUGAUAUGGAAAACUAUGCUGAAGAAGACCCUCUAUCAGAUGAUGACAGUGACAUCGAAGCAGACAUGCCGGAAUCAAUGCUGGCUUAUUUUGAGGCUGCAAGGGACAGCGUGAGUGUCUUUGAAAGAGGCAUCCAGGACAACCAGGAGUCUGAUGGCGAUGCUGCUGUGUGGAGGGCCACUCCUGUCCCCUGCAGCCAUAGUGACCCCCUUCUCAUGGAGCUGGCUGACAGUGCUGGAGAUGAGAACCCUGCGGCUCUAAAACAACGAAUUAUGUGUGAGUUGGAGGAGCAGCUCUGCUUCCCUACCAAACACACCCACAAUGAGGCAGCACAGGACCCCAACGGCACAGCACAUGAGGACAGAGGAACAGCACAGGAUGACAGCACAGUAGUAGCACGAGGGCCUGGCGAGCAGGAACCAGAGCAGGGGAGUCCCCAUCACGACCUGGAGGAGUUGGAGAGGAGGCUGAGAGAGGAGGAUGAGAAGCUGGACAGGAGGCUGGUGGAGGAGGAGACGCGGAGGAGGCGCCAACAGGAGGCCCAGAGGCAGCAGCACCUCCUCACACAGCAGGAGGAGCAGGAGAGCAGGAGGCGGAGGCAGCAGCAGGCGGAGGAGGAGCUGAGGAGUUUCGAGGAGGAGCACACGCAAGGGUUGCAGCCACCAGAGGAUGAAGAGCAGCUAAGAGAGGAGCAAAUGGAGAAGAUGGAGCAGGAGCUGGCCAGACAACAGGAGGUGAUCAGGAGGCUGGCAGUGGAGGUGGAGAAGGAGAGGAGAGUGUUUGAGGAGGCUUGGAGGGAGCAAAGGAGGAGGAAGGAGCAGCAACAGCAUCAGGCGGCCACCACCAUCCAGGCAGCUGUAAAAGGGUUAAUCACCCGACGCUGGAGCACACCCGCUAUUAAGCAGAGGAGGGAGGAGGAGAGGAGGAGGGAGGAGGAGAGGAGAGAGAGGGAAGAGGAGAGGAGAGAGAAGGAGGACAGGCUUCGACGGGCUAGAGAAGAGGAGGAGAAGAGGAGAGAGGAAGAGGAGGCGCUGCUACGAGAGGAACAGGAGAGGAGGAGGAGAGCCUAUGAAAAGGCCAAGCAGGAGGAACGACAGAGACUAGAGCAGGAGAGGAAAGAGGAGGAGGAGAGGAGGAGAAAAGAUGCGGAGGAAGAAAGAAGGAGGAAUGAUGCAGAAGAGAAGAAAAAAUGGGAGGAGGAGGAGGUGAAGAGAAGAGAGGAGGAAGAGAGGAGGAGAAAAGAGGCAGAAGAGAAAAAGAGACGAGAAGAGGAGGAGGACAGGAGGAGGAAAGAAGCAGAAAAGAAGAAGAGACGAGAGGAUGAGGAGGAGGUGAAGAGACAAGAAAAGGAUAGAGAGCAGCAAGUGAAAAUUGAGGAGGAGGAGAGAAAAAGCAGAGAAGAUGAGGAGCAACAGAGUAGGCAAGAGGAGGAGAGGAAGAUGCCAGUGGAGGAGGAGAGGAAGAUGGAAGAGGAGGAGAGGAAAAGAGAACUAACAGAGGACAUUAAGAUCAUUCAGACGGAAAAUAAACAGCAGGAAAAGAUGAAGAGAGUGACAGAUGCAGAGAGGGAUGCCAUAGGCGUCAGCAGAGAAGCGCAGCAGCAGACAGAAGAUGACCAAGACCCUUUGGGCGCCCCAGCCACUCUGGAAGAUACAAACAACCCUCAGAAAGACUGCGCUAUGGGAAACACACAACAGACAGACAAACCACAUCCUGCGGAACAGAAAGCAGCCAUGAGCCCUGAUCAGCUCCCAUGUGACCAAACACAGCCAAUGGCCUGUCAGCCUGUCCACACAGCCCCUGCAGAGAACCAUAUGGUGGGGCAGAAGACACCUGUGCAACAACUCACACACCUGGAGCACCUGAGCCCUAGGUUUGCCGAUCCCCAAGAUGUCGUUUACUCCGGGGUGUCUGCGGCGGCAGCAGCGGUGACGGUGGGGGUGUCUGCUGGGUCCCUUUGCCUGCCGGACGCGGUGGAGCGGAAGCGUCUGUCCUGGAUGCAGAGUUGCCUGCCCUGGUCUAAGAUGUCCGCUCUGUGCCGCCGCAACAGGCCUCCAGAGCAGGGGAGCUCCAGGAGGGUGAGGAGGGGGCCCCGCCGGACACAGCUGCCCAGCCUACAACCUCUAGACCUGGACACCCUACUGCAGGCCGGGCCCUGGAAUACCCUCUCACAGUUGACCAGUGUGUCUCUAUCGGACCUGCCUGGCUGUAGCCUCUCCUCCCUGGCCGCCUGCCCCCAGCUGAGGUCCCUCACUCUGCACCGCUGCAGCAUCAACGCACUGGAGGGACUCAACACCUGCACACAUCUCACAUACAUAGACCUGCAGGAUAACUGCGUGUCCAGUGUGGACUGCUCAGGGCUGUGUGGGCUGCAAGUGCUGCGUCUGGGCGGUAAUCAGCUGACCUCCAUCCACGGCCUGCAGGACGCAACCCAGCUGUUGCACCUGCACCUCUCUCACAACCGCAUCUCCCGCCUGGGAGGCCUGGAGUGCUUGAGGCGUCUGCAAGUGUUGUGUGUGGACCACAACCUGUUGACCAGCGUGCGCGGUCUGGACGAGGCCUUCACCCUACAGGAGCUGGACCUCUCCCACAACCACUUGACGCACGCACACGGCCUGGAGCAAUGCGCCCUGCUGCGCACACUACGCCUCGACGGGAACACACUCACAGAGGCCCCGUCUCUAGGUAAUCAUGUGCUAUUGGGAGAGUUGAGUCUGCAGGAUAACAGCAUCUCUUCUCUGGAGCUCCUGACCAGCUCCUGGCUGCCUCUGCUACACACACUACACCUGGCUAAUAACAGUUUGACUCGGCUGCCUCCGCUCUCUGACCUCAUCUCUCUCUCCUACAUGGACCUACGUCACAACUGCCUCUCUGAGCUGCAGGGUGUGUGUGAGAGUGUUGGGCAGUGCUGUUAUCUGCAGGAGCUGUGGCUUGAUGGUAACCCACUACAGCAGGACAGCAAGUGGAGGUCCUCUGUGGUGGCGCUUGUGCCAGGUCUGCUGCUCCUAGACGGGGAACAGACCAGAGAGCCGCCAGCACCAAAUGCCCCUCAGCCCUCCACAGCUCCAAAUGCCACUCAACCCACUGCAGGGCACCCCCACUCAACGGCAAACACCAGUCACCACCCCCACACCCCUCAUGCCCCCUCGGGCAGCUUCCCUCACGCCCCCUUGGGCAGCUUCCGUGCCCUCUGCGAGGCUCAGCUGCAGCAGCUCUCCUAUCUACAGCACACACACGCCGCACAGACCAGUUCCGCUUCCUCGCCACUAGAGGCUCAGCUGCUGAUUGGUGGCCAUGGUGACGCCCUCUUCCAGCUGGCAGAGGAGCAGCGCUACGCACACGAGUAUGGAGACACCAGCGUCACACACACACAGAAGAUGCACACACCCUCUCUGGACGCUGCUCCCCAGCCAGUGGCCUCCCGCACUACUGUCCAUCCAGCUCAGGGCCCUCUGGAGACUUCACAUCCAGCCCCAGGCUCUAUGGAAACCCACAAACCCCCUUUGGAGGUUCCCCACUCGCAUCUAGCUCACACCUCUAUGGAGGCAGCCUACCUUGCUGUUUCCUCCAGCUGUCCUCUACAUGCAGGUGAGGUGAUGCCGGCCACCAAGCAGCAGAGCGUCCACCUGCCCUCCCCUCCACACUCUGAGCUGAGGACGCAUGGAGGCCCAGACCACACUUACAAUAUGGAGCUGAGGAAGGGAGGUGAAGAGUCACGCCACACAGACAGCAUGGAGCUGAAGAGAGAUGUAGAUUCACAGCACCCUGAGCUGGACCUGAGGGAUAAGGUGUCACGCCACACUGAAGGGCGGAGGGAUGGAGGCACACACCAGCUCAAGGGAAAGGAUGGAGGCCAACGGCACACUGAGCUUGACCUGGAGAGUGUGGCCACGAAGGGCAUCCUGGAAGACUGGCUGGGGCAGCCGGGGCACACCAGGAGGUGCCAACCAGGAAGUGGCCACCCAGUGACUGAUGGGAAAUGUAGUCCUGCAGCAGAGGCUGAGACUUGGGGGACAUCGCCUUCACCCCUCAGCAGAGAGCGAGCGGCCACCAUAAUUCAGGCGAUGUGGAGAGGUCAUCUGUUGCGCUCUCGGUUGGCUAUGGCCCUGGCUGCCUCCUCACACACACACCUGGAGGACGAAGGGGAAGAAGAUGAGGAGGAAGAUGAGGGGCUGAUGGAGGUGGAUGUAGACGCAUUCGACUUCAAUGAGGAUACAGUGGAGAGUCGCUGGAUGGCGCUGCGCUCUGUGGGUGCGUCUCCAUGCCAGCAGUGGCCAGCGGUGACAGUGUCUGACAGAUCGCCGCUGCCAAAGGUUGUACCUCCUGCAGCUGUGCAUCACUCCAGGAGGCCUGUGUUACUAUGGCAACCCAAACAGGCCUGGUGUGGCAGCCAGGAGACACUGCACCCAGAGACCUGCAUCCCUCAGAGGUGUAAAUCUCCUGGAUCAGCAGCCAGUUGGGACUCCAUAUCAGCCAGAUCAGAGAAGAUCCUGGAGGAAUGGGGCUUCAAGGACAGCCGUACUGCCUACAUGAUGCUGAAGAGAGCUCAGAGGAUGAAGACCAGAAAACAGCAGCAGGGGAGGACAAGAGGCAGAGCAGAAGCAGGCGGUGGCGGUGAGGAGGAGGUGGCCCAGGGGAGGAGGCGCGAGAGGAGGAGGAGCAGCGGGAGGAGUAAAGGAUACCAGUGGGUACACACACAACCUGUAGCCUUGGCAACGCCCCCGGCCCCUGCUCCGGCCAGCCCACACACCUGCUACAGUGAACGUUUCCUGCCUUCUAUGAGUCCUGAUGUGAUGAAUGGAGGCCGAGUGCAGCUCGUGGCAAUGACGGGCCACAGGGAUGUCGAAGCAGCUGACGUCAGCCGCAGAGAAGCUGGACAUGUGCAACACCACUCAGGGUGUGAGGAAUGAGGAGUGAGAUCUCCUGUUUUAGAGUGUUUGGGUCGUCUCUUCUCUGAUGGUCAGUGCGCAGCACAGCAGGGAC